AGAAAAUCAGUAUGAAUAGUUCAAAUCCUCGGAUUCCUUUAAAAGGGAUCCUACAUCCAGAGACUAAUUCAAAGCCUGAGAAGGUUAAAAGAGUCAUAAUAAGCGAAAUUCGGGAAAUUAAUAAGCCUAUUCUGAAACAACUUAAUUUUUUCUUCCAAGAUGAAGAAAGCCCUCAUGAAUUUUCCCCUGGAGCAGAUUUUUAUGAAAGAAGACAUUCUUCAGGAACUCAAGACGAUAUUGAAAAAGAGAGAAACCCCGGGGAGCCCUUAUUCCCAUAUCCACCAAUAAUAUACUCAGAGAAAAAGGAGAAUGAUAUCUCAAAGUGGUUUCAUAUAGCACAAAAGGCGAACAUCACCAACAAUUUGCCAGGCAAGGGGCAUAAUCUUAAAGAUAUCCUUGAGCUCCGCAAGGAAGACAAGGAUAAACAUCAGAGGUUGCUCUAUGCCUUUACUACUGGAAAAAGAUAUUCAGAAGUGCUUCAAAUGGAUCAGUUUGAAUUCUUCAAGAAAAAUGCUAAAUCGCCAAAAACUGGCAAAUCAAAGAAUGGAAUGAAGGGUACAAAGACAUACAAAUUCAGCAAUAAUUUUAAUACUGAAAACACUCCUCAGGUCUUAGGUGAUGAUAAAUAGCUCAAAGAUGGCAUCUAAUAACAUUGCAAUCAGAAUAGAUGAUGUUUCAUCCCCAUUCAUAGCCCAUAAAAGAGGAAAUCAGACCCAGAAGUCUAUGGAUAUACUCAAAGCUGACUGUAAGAGUACCCCUACCAAGACUGGCAUGGCUCUCAGUAAAUUUACAGACAAAUUUUACAUUAAUAAGGACCAUCAGAAAAGAAGCAAACUAAACUCCAUCAUCAAGCUUCUUAAGAACCAGAAGGAAACCAAGAGGGCUAAUAGAGUCAAGAAGUUCUUCAAGGUUGAUAGGAAGAAAGCAAAUGAUAAUAAAUUCUACGGCAAAAGGUCUAGUCAACCAAAUACGAGACAAUCCACAGCUAGCUGAACUACUCGUAUAACAAGGAGUGUUCAGCCAAAACUUAUGCUGAAUGAUAGCUCCAAGCUCAAUAGAUGCUUUAAUAUUCAUUGAAAGGAAAUAGCUAAAAUUGAAAGAAUGAGGAAAGCUUUUAAUAAGACUCAAUCGCAACCCACCUCUCCUGCUAGUAAGGCUGGAUCUUUCGAAAGGAGACUAUCAAAUUCUAUGAGAAGUGAUUUAGAAGAAUACUCAAAAACAGCAAAAGGACUGAGGUCAGCUUCCAAAUUAUCAAAAUUUCGAGAGAUCCAAUUCAAACCAAACAAGACUCAACUUAUUGCUGAUUUCCAAGAUGAGCAGAUCCUAAAGGAGACAUGUGCUCCUGGCAUCAGAAGACUGGUUAAUUUCUACAAUAACUUCCAAGACAUCAGGUGCCAGCUCAGAUCUUCCAGAAGACUCUUGGGCCAGAAGUCUAGCUCUGUUUGCUAGCUUUGGCCCUAAGAUUCCCACCAUAUUGAUAUGUGCGUACAUGAAAUUACA